CUCGAUCGGCCCCGCGACGCUUGUUCCUCUACCUGCAGGCUACCUCGUCCUCCGCCUCCUGAUCUGCAUAUUCCCUGCGUGUGAUAUCACAAGCCUCAUGAGUACUCCCAGCCGACCUUCCUACGAGGCCCUUCCUGGAGAAGGCGCUCCUCCCUCGACCUCCACGAUGCAACGGCAGCCGCCUUCGAGCUCGGGGAUUCCCAAACGAACUCUCUCGGUCAUUCCCCAGUCCCGGUCGUCGUCGCUGGACUGCCUGGCCAAAGAAGGCGUCCUCUCGAUUGCCAUCGUUCCACCCCUCAGCUCUAACGCUGGCUCCAAAAAGACAGCCUCGCCGACCUCAUCGAAACCUAUUGGAAUACCCAUUGCCAGUCUUUCUCUUUCCGACCUGCAAAUCACGACUUUCUCCACGGAAGCAACCACCCCGACAAACUCCCUCCCACUCCGGCCAAAGGAUUCCUCCAGCACCAUGGCGACCACCCCCACGGCCUCCACCCGCAUCAAAGAGGCUGCCUCGACAACUCUCCAUAACAAGUUCACUCCUGCCCUGACCAGCGCCCCCACGCUCAACCUGCCCCCGCUCACUCUUCCCACUCCCCAUCCGACCACAUACCUCUCGGCCACCACCCCGGCGGUGGUCACGCCUGGAUCCGUCAAGACCAGCCAUGCCGCCUUUGGCACCACCCCGACUGCCCCCAUGCCCACCCGGCCCACCACUCCUUUGCAUACUCUGGCUCGAUCAAAGACUCCCGCUCUCGUCUCCUCGCCCGAGCAUGCCGCCGCCGUCGCCCAGGCCACGCUCAGUCGCCCUGUUGCUGCCCCUCCCUCGCCCGUGUCAUCGAGACCCACGACUCCCACGGCCCCGCCUCCCGCGGCUCCUGCUCCUGAAAUCACCCCCGAUCUGCCCGAGCUGAUGGUGUACAUGACCUAUCGUCGUCUCCACCCCAACGCUGUCAUCGCCAACGAGCAGUCCCUGCCUCAGCAUUACAUGAUGACCCAGGAGUCCAUCCGAUCCGUUCUCAAGAUCACCCAGGUCUCCUUUCCCAUCAGCGUCCUCUCGCUGCUCUAUCUCUUCCGUCUCAAGGAGCCGUCGCAGACGGCCACAGAGUACGAGAUCUUGACCAACUGUCUGAUCCUGUCGCAAAAGUUCCUCGACGACAACCGAUAUACCAAUCGCACGUGGGCCAAGGUCAUCAGUCGCUCGCUCGAGGAGAUCAACAGCGCCGAGAUGGUCAUCCUCAAGGAUCUCAACUGGGACAUCAACGUCUCCAAGUCCGAAUACACCUCCUUCUUGCGCACCAUCCAAACCUUCAAGAAGGAACUCUCUGAGAAGCUCCCCGAGCUGCGCCCUGCGUUCAAGUCCUACCGAAUGUCCAUGUCCUCGACCCGACCCCGCAACCCUGCCUCGCAGCCACCUCCACCGCCGCUGCCGUCGCCCACUAGCUCCACGCCCGUCUCGGCGACGACUCCACAGGGUACCAAUUUCCCAGCCCCACCCAACAACGCCGUCGUCCUGCCUUCGAGUAUGUCGGCGCUUUCGCACCAGCACAACACCCAGCACGCGCUGGAGCGAUUCAGCCAUGCCACCAGCGCCCCUUCUCUGAAGCGCUCCACCUCCGUCGACCGGGCCACGCGCAACCCCAUCAGCGUCCCGAGCCUGAAGCGUUCGUUGUCUCGAGGCCACGCCAUCAUCCCGAACUUCCUGAAAAGCAACAGCACCUCCGACGCAGUCGGCGCCCCCAACUCUGGAAACAGCUUUUGGACCCUCACUCGCAAGAAGAAAGAGUCCAAGGAGGAGCUGCAUGCCGCGGCCGCCGCUCAGCCACCGAUGCCCCAUCCGUCGAUUUUGCAGCAGCAACAGCAGCAGCAACAGCAACAGCAGCGUGCAAUGACGCGAAACGCCGCCCCCGGAGUCAUCGUCAUUGGUGCUGACAACUAGUCCACGAUUCUGCGCCGUCGCUGUCAUGCCCAUCCCCAUGCUUCCCUCCCAAGGGUGAUGGAUGUGGCUCCUGCUGUCGUCCCUGUCACUUUUGCCGUUUGAUUCCACUUUCCACCCUCGGCUCGGUGGCCUCGGCCCCGCCUCUCCAUGUACUUUCUGUCCCCAC